GUUUCUCAGGAAUUGGUAAUGUGUGAAAACACAAGGAACAGUUGAGAGUCGUGCUUUGGCAACAUACGAUAAAAAGUGUUUGGGCUUCUGUUGAUGAUAACAAAAAAGGAAAACAGGAAAAGCAUAGAAGAAACCAAAAAAACAAGAGAUGGAAGGAGGACUGGUAAUGCAAAAGAGAUAAUAGGAAAAAGAUAAAGACAGAUAUGGAGUAUUAAUAACACAGCGGGAAAGAAAGGAAGGAAGAAAGAGGGAUACGGAAAGAAAGAUAGAGAAAA